GGAAGGCGGGCGGGUGCCGAACCCUCCUCCUCGCGGCCCCGCCCUGCCCGCUGACGUCCCGCGGAGGAAAUGAUUUCUGCCGGUGAGGACUGUUUGCUGCCGAAGGAGUGAGAGGAGGCGUCUGAGUUCAGAAGGUAAUGUCAGAAGACUCCAAGAGUAUUUCCUUCCUUGUACUGUUGGUCUGGUAAUCCCUAUUUACCCUAACAGGAGUUUCUAUGAGUUCCAUGUGAUGGUGGCCCAAAGAAGUAAGUUUUCAUUUUCUCAAAGAAAAGGCAAAACAUUGUAGCCAGUGGUAUUUUAUCACCAUGGAGACCAAGAAACAUACUGACUUCCAGGACAGAUCUACCCCCUGCUGCAAUGGAAGAGCUUCAGUGGAAGACAAUUAUUUACUGAUUGAAGCUGUUAGAAAAGAAGAUAUCAAGCUGAUCCAGCAAUUGUUGGAAAGGGGUGCUGAUGUCAAUUUCCAGGAAAGCGAUUGGGGCUGGGCACCUCUGCAUAAUGCAGUACAAAAUUCCAGGGAGGACAUUGCGAGUCUUUUGCUUCAUUAUGGUGCGGACCCUUGUCUGAGGAAGAGGAAUGGGGCCACUCCCUUCAUCCUUGCUGGGAUUGUGGGAAAUGUGAAGUUACUCAAGCUUUUCCUUUCUAAAGGAGCAGAUGUGAAUGAGUGUGAUUCUCAUGGCUUCACAGCUUUCAUGGAAGCUGCUGUAUAUGGUAACGUGGAAGCCUUAAGGUUUCUGUACAAGAGUGGAGCAAAGGUGAAUUUGCGUCGGAAGACAAAGGAGGAGCAAGAGAGGAUUAGGAAAGGUGGAGCCACAGCCCUCAUGGAUGCCGCUAAAAAAAGCCAUCUAGAGGUUGUAAAGAUUCUCCUUAAUGAGAUGGGGGCAGAUGUCACAGUCUGUGACAAUAUGGGCAGGAAUGCUUUGAUCCAUGCUCUUCAGAACUCUGAUGAUAGGAAUGUGAAAGUCAUUACUCAACUUCUGCUGGACCAUGGGACUGAUGUCACUGCUAGGGGAGAAAAAGGGAAGACACCCCUGAUCCUGGCAGUGGAAAGGAAGAACGUGGAUUUGGUGCAGAUGCUUCUGGAACGAAAAGAUAUAGACAUCAAUGAUACAGACAGAGAGGGCAACACAGCACUGCUGUUUGCUGUCCAACUAAAACUAAAGGAAAUCGCCCAAUUGUUGUGCAAGCAUGGAGCCAGCGCGGAUUGUGGGGAUCUUGUUAUGUUAGCAAGGCGCAAUUACGACCAUUCCCUUGCAAAGUUUCUUGUCCUUCAUGGAGCCAGAGAAUAUUUUCAUCCUCCUGCUGAGGACUGGAAGCCUCAGAGCUCACGGUGGGGGACAGCUCUCACACAUCUCCAUGUGAUGUACCGCCCUAUGAUUGGCAAACUCAAGAUCUUUAUUGAUGAAGAAUAUAAGAUUGCUGACACUUCUGAGGGAGGCAUCUACCUGGGCUUCUAUGAAGAGCAAGAGGUAGCUGUGAAGCGAUUCUAUGAAGGUAGCACACGUGGACAUAAGGAAGUCUCCUGUCUGCAGAGCAGCCGAACAAACAGUGACUUGGUGGCAUUCUAUGGGUGUGAGAGCCAUAAUGGGUGUCUGUAUGUGUGCCUCGCCCUCUGUGAGAGGACCCUGGAGGAGGACUUGGCCACGCAUGGAGGGGAGGCUGUGGAAAACGAAGAUGAGUUUGCCCGGAAUGUCCUCUCAUCUGUAUUUAGAGCUGUUGAAGAAUUACACCUAUUGUGUGGAUACACUCACCGGGAUCUGAAGCCACAAAACAUUUUAAUAGAUUCCAAGAAUGCUGUUUGCCUGGCAGAUUUUGAUAAAAGCACCAAGUCAGCCGGAGAUCCACAAGGAAUCAAGAAUGAUCUGGAGGCCCUUGGACGGCUGGUCCUGUAUGUGGUAAGGAAGGGAAACAUCCUUUUCGAGACACUGAAGGAUAAAAGCAAUGAAGAGGUGAUUCAGCUUUCUCCAGAUGAGGAGACUCGGAGCCUCAUUCAUCGCCUGUUCUGCCCUGGGGAAAAAGUGAAAGACCAUCUGAGCGGCUUGCUGGGUCACCCCUUCUUUUGGAGUUGGGAGAGCCGCUAUAGGACCCUUAGGGAUGUGGGAAAUGAAUCUGACAUCAAAGUGGGGAAAGUUCAAAGCAAGAUCCUCCAGCUACUGAAGCCUGGAACUUCUGAAUAUCCCACGAGUUUUGCCCAGUGGACAAAUGAGAUCGACAACUAUGUCCUAGGAAAAAUGAACAAGUUUUAUGAAAAAAAAGGCAAUUUCUAUCAGGACACUGUAGGUGAUCUGCUCAAGUUCAUCCGGAAUUUGGGAGAACACAUUAAUGAAGAAAAGAAUAAGAAGAUGAAGUCAGUAAUUGGAGAACCUUCCCAGUAUUUUCAGAAGAAAUUUCCCGAUCUGGUCAUGUAUGUCUAUAUGAAACUACAGAACACAGAAUACAGCAAGUAUUUUCCAAAAACUCGCUACGCAAACAAGCCUUUGGAUGAUGGAGAUGCCUGUGGCCAGGUGGCUGGCCAGUCCUGAGUGCUGACUGAGGGUUUGGGCUCAGGGAGGUGCUAAUUAGCUGUGGAAUCCUGGGCAAGUCACAACUCUCUGGGCCUCUUAACUCACCUGGUUGUAGGGGAGAGAUGAGUUAGACAGUGGAUAUGUCAGUUCCUGUGCAUUCUCCACGUGUUUAUAACCAAAAAGUAUGUGCUCAAAGUACCCUAGAGCUUUUCACAGGUAAAGCUUAGUGGCAGGAGAUGGGCCAUUGUGCUAGGAUUCCUUUUAAAUAGCACCAAAUCCCUCCACUUCUAAUGCUGUAUGUUUUACAUCAGUUAUUUCGUUUAAUUCUAUUAAUGACCUUGCAAGAUGGGAUUUAUUAUCCUCAUUUAAGAACUGAUGGACCUGAGACUCAGAGAGUUUGAGCAACUUGCCCAAAAUCAUUCAAUUUGUAUAGAGCACUGUAUAAAUGGAUAUAGUGCCAUUGUCACCUCUCACGUGGGCACCUUAUUACUUUGUUACUAACAAGGGCUCUUAUGGAUGAGACCCAAAGGCAUAUGUCAAAGGGGCUUCAGGCAGCUCAUUCAUUUGUUUGCAUCAUUCAUUCAUCCACUAUUCAUUCAUUCAUUGAGCACGUAGUAUAAGCUUUGCACUGAUUGCAUGAAUUUCACCUAGAACCCCCUGCACUGGUUUUUAUGACCUUAAGACAGUAAUACUUAAUGGGGAUGUCACUGAAGUCUAGAUGAUAGAGGUCAGGCAUGCUGCCAAAUAUUCUAUCAUACUCAGGAUAGCUCCCCACAGCACAGUUAUCCAGACUAAAAUGUCAGUGGUACUGAGGUUGAGACACUCUGCCUUAGGGACUGGGCCACUUCUGAAGUAGCUUGGGGCCCAGGACAAUGGAAUGUGUGCAGUACCUCACAGAGGAGUGACUCAGAUUUGUUUUCUUGCUUUUGAAUCUGUAGUAAGACAAUAGUAAGACAAUUCCAGUGUCAACCUUCUCAGGAAGCCCUCUGAACAUACUCCCUCUCCAGACUCCAGUCUGCAGGCUCAUUCUGGCUCCCUAGCACCUGUAGCCACAUGGGCACAUGCUUCUCCCCCACUCGAAUCUAAGCUCCUUAGGGCCAAUGAUACAUAUUUUUUUUAUUUGUGUCAUUACUGCCCAGCAAAAUGUCUGCUAUAUGGUAAUGCUCAAUAAAUAUUCAUUGAAAAAUGAAUGAGCUGUCUUCAUAUAUGAGUAGUAAUGCUACCUUUCUGUUUUUUUAUUAAGGCAUCAUUGAUACAUAAUCUUAUGAAGGUUUCACAUGAGCAACAUUGUGGUUACUACAUUCCCCCAUAUCAAGUUCCCCCGACACACCCUAUUGCAGUCACUGUCUAUCAGCAGA